UUUAUAUUCAUCUGUAACCCAUGAUGUUAUAUUACAUGCUUACUUUCGCACACAAACAAAACAUAGCAGAACAUCAACCACUUGAAAAAGGCAAUUGAAAAAAUGAUAAUAUAUAAAAGCAGUGCAGAAUUUUUUUAUCACAGUUGUGUUAUGGAAUUCCCAGGUAGACCACAAUGUCACAAAGUUUUUUUUAUAUAAGGUAUCAAUCGGAUGUACUUUUAUUGAAGUGGUUAAGCUCGUGAAUAAAAAUAUGACGUAUGCAAACAGGCGAUGCAAUUAACAGGCACUGUGGCACGUACGUAUCAAUGUGGAAGCGCGUAUCUAUGUGGGUAGAUGCUGAUGUUGCAACAGUUGCACCAUACAAAAAAGAAAAUAAGAAGAAUCAUGUAAUAAUCAGUUUUGGUAGUUAAGUUGUAUGCGGCAAGUAUUAGUAGAUUUAGGUUACUGUAUGUUUAUGGGCGGAUUGAAGUGGUAAAGUAUGAACAAGAAUGUGAUUUUACAUAAAAAGUACAGAACGGAAAACACAGUUACAGAAUUGCAAUUUUAACAUAUUUUAUUUUUUACCUGUAGCGCUGUCACUGUUUAUUCCUAACUAACUAUUUAUAAGCAACUGUUGAAAAAUAAAAAGAACAUUGACAUUUAGACCUGUUUAAAGACAAGAUGAUAGGGCCACGUGUGCUCCCUACUGUGAAACAAAGACAAGAGGAGAAUCUACUAGUGAUUUCUAUUGAAGAACGACUUGGCAAGUUGGAAAAUGAAAUUACGGAUCUAAAAGCUAGGGAAUUGAACAAAGAUGAAGAAAUAAACAAAUUAAAGAAGGAAAAUGAACAGCUAAAGGAACAUUUAGAAGUAAUUAAACAACAGGUGCAAAAAAAAAUUAAGGAUCUAACAGCUGACAAAGAUGAAGAAAUAAAACAAUUGAAGAAGGAAAAUGAACAGCUAAAGAAAGAAAGAGACUUGUAUUUGGAAAUGAAGGCAAUGCCUGAAGAUACUAAAAAAACAGUAAAACGACUUGUUAAGGUGACAAAAUUAGAAUGCGAAGCUGGUGAAAAUGGCAAUCAUUUCAUGAUGGAAAAAGAUUGGCUGAUGGAAAAACUGAAGCAAGAACAGAAAAGACAGCAAGGCCAGGCAACAUCAUUUUGGAAAAAGUUUUGGGCAUUUCUUAUUGAAAUUGGCGGUGUUGUUGCAUCAGUUUCAGUUGCAGUUUUGAAUAACUUGAAGAGGCUUUAAACCAAUUAAAUACAAUAAACCUAUAUAAGUGCAUAAUUUAAGAUAACCUUAUAAAAGCCACAUGCUAGAAAAAAAAUCUAAAUUAAUGAUAACUUGGUAAUAGUAUUAAAAAAUAGGUAAAAAUUUGUAAACAUAAAUAAUGGUGAUCAUCAGUUUUAAAUCACACAUGCUUCUCUACAAUUAUCUUGGCAGCAACUGCCUGUGCAUAUUAUGUAUAUAGCCAUGGUUAUUGUUUCACUUUAAGUUCUUAAUAUAUGUAUGUCUUUCAAAUCAAUUAAAAUAAACUCAAUUCAACUGGAUACAGCUACAUAUUUAAAAACAAUACCAACUGUAUGCACUUUUAGUAAAUGUAAAAAAAAACAUAAAACUCAAAUAUGUUGGUAUUGAACUUAUAUUUAAAACUUAAACUUGUCUUUACUAGUUUGUGUUUUCUUGCUUGUUCCCCAUCUUUUUAAUUUAACUGGCAAUAUACAUGUAUGUGCAAUAUAACUGGUAUUUUAUUUCACCUGGUAUAACUACUGUUUCAACCAGUAGUAAACAAUAAACAUUUAAUCUUUUUUUCAUUAUUAAAGUGUAGAAGUAGUGAUAUGAAUUGGCACCCCUACAACAUUUUUUUUGAAUUUGUCCGCUGCUGUUGUUAUUACUACUGCAUAAUGAAUAUUUGAUAAAACAACACUUUAUGAAUCAGUAAUAUAUGUUAACACUGUUGGGCCAAUUUUCGUAGCAUUACUAAAGUGAAAAUGUAUAUACCAUGUUGGAUUUUAUUGUGUUAUCCUUUGUAUGUAUUAAAUAUGUGUUGUAUAUAAUCAAUUCAAUAAAAUGUACAUUAAAAACAAUAUUA